AUGUCAAAGGAUGCCGUGACUCUGGUGCAGAUGCAGGGGCCGACUUUGCAGCCAGAGCAACAGUCCAAGCUCAAACGGCUUGUGAAUGAGGAGAACUUACAGAAGCAGGAGGAGUCCGUGCAGAAGCACCAUCAGACCUUGGCGUCCAUCAGGACAGCUGUCAGCAUGAUUGGUGAAAGAUUCCGUGCCUUUGUGACAGACCGGGACACAGUGACAGCCACGGUGGUUGCGCUGUCGCUGCUGGCUGUCCAGGUAAAAUCAUCCAAGAAUGCGGCAGCUGCCAGGGCCCACUUCAUCGAGGCUGGGCUGUUCAACCCAUCCCUGGUGAGCAAGAAGUCUCGCAUCACGAUGCUGGAGGUGCUGCAGCACCCCUUCCAGCAGGUCCGCCAGCAGCUCCUCAGUCGGCCCCAGGACGUGCUGGAGGGUGUUGUGCUGAGACCCCGCCUGGAAGCAAAGGUGCGCAACAUGGCCAUAGCCACAAGGAACACUCAGAAGAACCCCGGCCUGUACAGGAACGUCCUGCUGUACACACCGCCAGGCACCGGGAAGACACUGUUUGCAAAGAAUCUCGCCCUGUACUGUGGCUUGGACUACACCAUCAUGACUGGUGUGGAUGUGGUCCCCAUGGGGCGGGAAGGCGUGACCACCAUGCGUAAGAUGUUUGACUGGGCCAAUAGCAGCUGGCGCGGCCUCCUGCUCUUCGUGGAUGAUGCAGACACCUUCCUUCGGAAGCGAGCCACUGAGGAGAUAAACGAGGACCUCAUACACACCCAGAACGCCUUCCUAUACCACACGAGGGAGCGCAGCAACAAAUUCAUGCUGGUCCUGGCCAGCCGCCACCGCGAGCAGUUACACUGGGACAUCCAUGACUGCAUCGACAUGAUGGUUCACUUCAACCUGCCGCGGCAGGAGGAGCGGGAGCGCCUAGUGAGAAUGUAUUUUGAGAAGUAUGUUCUUAAGCCGGCCACAGAAGGAAAGCAUUUUGCGCAGGAGCCUGUGGACCCCAAGGAUCCCAGAGGCCACAUCCAGGGAGGUCCCGCCACCCUUUCCUCAUUCCCACCUGAGAACAGCCUGGUGGCGUCUCUUCGGCUGCCACGCCUGGCCCUGGAGCCUCAUGGUGUGGGGCGCGGCUCCGGCUGCACUUGUACCGUGAAGCCUUCAGGCUCCCUGUCACUGGUGGUGGGUGCAGAAAGCACUGUGGGCAGAGCCCUCCAGGUGAUGAGGAUCCCUGGUGCUGCACGCCGGCUGCCUCAGGAGCACUCCAGAUGA